AUGACCACAGCACAUCGACCGACAUUCCAUCCUGCCCGUGGAGGUACGGGCAGGACAGAGGGGGAUCUCUCGAAACUGUCGCAGCAGUACUCCUCGAAAGAUAUGCCGUCGCAUACGAAGCUGAAAUAUCGGCAAACAGGUCAAGGAACCGAGGAAGACCUAAGAAGAAGAGAUCUAAGACGAGAACUUGAAGAUAAGGAAAGGGCAACUCGCGAAAAACGCAAUCGUGAAUCCGGUGCCUCAGGUUCAAGCAGCAAAAGAGCGAGGCUAGAAGAAAUCACACACGCAGGAGUAGAUGCCGAUGAACCCCUUGAUGAGCCUGAUUCUUCGGAUGACGAUUCUGAUGAGGACGACACUGCUGCUCUUAUGGCUGAGCUCGAAAGGAUAAAGAAAGAGCGUGCAGCGGAAAAGGCUGCGAAGGAAGAAGAGGAAAGGAAACAAGAGGAGAAAAUUCGAAUGGAAAAUAUCUUGGCCGGAAAUCCUCUGCUGAACUUGAAUGAGCCUGUAUCCUCAACAGCGAAUGGUAGUGAUUUCAAGGUUAAGCGGCGAUGGGACGAUGAUGUUGUCUUCAAAAAUUGUGCUAAGGGUAUUGAUGAAAGGAAAAAGGAAUCAACAUUUAUUAAUGACGCAAUCCGUUCGGAGUUUCACCGGAAGUUUAUGGACAAAUACAUAAAAUAG